AAACCAUUUCGAAUUCUCACCCAAGCAAGCAACCCCGUCUCCUCCGCUUCGCUACUCUCCUCGUCGUCUCCGGCUCCGGCUCCGGUUUCCGGCGAGCGGCGGCGCGAUCCCGGGCGGCGAAGGAGGGGGAAGCCAUGAGGGAGAUCCUCCACAUCCAGGGCGGGCAGUGCGGGAACCAGAUCGGGGCCAAGUUCUGGGAGGUGAUCUGCGACGAGCAUGGCGUGGACGCGACGGGGCGGUACGCGGGGGACUCCGACCUGCAGCUGGAGCGGAUCAACGUCUACUACAACGAGGCGAGCGGCGGGAGGUACGUGCCCCGCGCCGUGCUCAUGGACCUCGAGCCCGGGACCAUGGACUCCGUGCGCUCCGGCCCCUUCGGCCAGAUCUUCCGCCCCGACAACUUCGUCUUCGGGCAGUCCGGCGCCGGAAACAACUGGGCCAAGGGGCACUACACCGAGGGCGCCGAGCUCAUCGACUCCGUCCUCGACGUCGUCCGCAAGGAGGCCGAGAACUGCGACUGCUUACAAGGAUUCCAAGUUUGCCAUUCAUUGGGAGGAGGCACUGGAUCUGGCAUGGGAACCCUUCUUAUUUCUAAGAUUAGGGAGGAGUACCCGGAUAGAAUGAUGUUGACAUUUUCCGUCUUCCCAUCACCAAAGGUCUCGGAUACUGUUGUGGAGCCUUACAAUGCUACCCUUUCUGUUCACCAACUUGUUGAGAAUGCUGAUGAAUGUAUGGUGCUUGACAAUGAAGCUCUCUACGACAUAUGCUUCCGCACACUAAAGCUUGCUACCCCUACCUUUGGUGACCUCAAUCAUCUUAUCUCUGCAACCAUGAGUGGUGUUACAUGCUGCUUGAGGUUCCCUGGUCAGCUCAACUCUGAUCUGCGCAAACUUGCUGUGAAUCUCAUCCCUUUCCCCCGUCUCCACUUCUUCAUGGUUGGCUUUGCGCCAUUGACUUCACGCGGAUCACAGCAGUACCGUGCUCUCACCGUUCCUGAGCUGACACAGCAAAUGUGGGAUGCGAAGAACAUGAUGUGCGCUGCUGAUCCCCGCCAUGGCCGCUACCUCACAGCUUCUGCCAUGUUCCGUGGGAAGAUGAGCACCAAGGAGGUGGACGAGCAGAUGCUCAAUGUUCAGAACAAGAACUCCUCAUACUUUGUCGAGUGGAUUCCCAACAACGUCAAAUCCAGUGUCUGUGACAUUCCGCCCAGGGGGCUGAAGAUGGCGGCGACCUUCGUCGGGAACUCCACCUCCAUCCAAGAGAUGUUCCGCCGGGUCAGCGAGCAGUUCACUGCCAUGUUCAGGAGGAAGGCUUUCUUGCACUGGUACACAGGCGAGGGAAUGGACGAGAUGGAGUUCACCGAGGCAGAGAGCAACAUGAACGAUCUCGUCGCGGAGUACCAGCAGUACCAGGACGCCACAGCCGAUGAAGAGUACGAAGACGAAGAGGAAGAAGCUGAGGCCGAAUAGCAUUGAGCCCCAUUUGCCCUUCACAGGUUGUUUUGCCAGUGAAGAGUUUUGUGUCUUUGUGAUGCUGUGCUCUUUUUUCUUUCUCUGACGUGCGUGAUGGAUGUAUGGGUGAGGUUUGCGUCCGUGCUUCGUUUUGUCACCUGUGCUGCGUAGCAGGCUGCAGUCCCGUUUUGUAAGACGUCUCUGGUGGUCAGUAGCUGAAGGCUUGAAAAGUGUUUUGAGUGCCCUCCUUGAGCUAAAUCACCUGUAAGUUCUGACAUGUAUUGGUAGUGGUUUUCUCAUCUCUGUGAAGCUUCUGUGUAGUCUGUUACUAUAUCCAGUUUCUCUGUAUAUCGAUCGUAGUGUCAUCUUGCUUGGCUGAAACGUUUUAAAGAUCA